AUGUCUUCCAAGACUACAAGUGUAUCAUUUGACCGUGAAUGUAAUUGUGUACGAAAACUACGUAGUGCAGUAACCACAAUGUAUCACGAACACUAUGUGCGAACCUUGACCCUGCACUUUCACCGAGCUCCUGGUGCUUGGCGCACUGCCAACAGUUUGCGUAUUAAGUACUUGAAAUACAGCUGCAGCUCAAGCCUGAAAAAAUGGGUUAAGCGACGCUGUCGGAUGUUCCCUUCUCUAGUGAACUGCUGCACCAUUGACUGGUUCACUAAAUGGCCACCAGAGGCACUGCUGUCAGUUGCCAAACAAUGCUUACAGCCGCUUGGAAAUCCAGAAAUCGUUGAUCUAAUUUCUACGAUGUGUGUCACAAUGCAUCAGGACGUGGAUGUAAUGACAGAUAGAUUGUACCAGGAGAUGAGGCGGUACUUCUACACUACACCUAGCAGUUACUUGGACUUGCUGAAGUUGUACCUGAUGCUGCUGGACAAGAAGCAGCAACAAAUUAUACGCGGGAGGGACAGAAUAUCCUGUGGUCUGCAGAAACUAUACGAAACGUACGAGGUAGUAGGAGUGAUGGAACAACAAGUGCGUGAAAUGGAACCAAUCCUCGCAAAGAAAGCGGAGGAAGGUCAUGCACUGGUCGCCAAGCUGAAGGUGGAACAGAAAGCCGCUGACCAAGUGAAAUACGCUGUUAUGAAGGACGAGGCGGCGGCAAAGAUAAAAGCUGAAGAAGUGAAACAAAUAGCAGACGAAGCGAAAGCUGACUUGGCCCUCGCUAUGCCGGCUAUGGACGCUGCACAGGCUGCACUGAAGGCACUCAACAAAGCUGACAUCAAUGAACUCAAAGCCUUCCAGAAACCGCCCGUCCUCGUACGAUUUGUCAUGGAACCCAUCUGCAUACUUUUUGGAGCAAAGCCUGACUGGGAUUCCACGAAGAAGCUAUUGGCAGAUGUCAAUUUCAUCGGCAAACUUGAAGAUUAUGACAAAGAUCAUAUUCCAGAAGCUACUCUUAAGAAGCUGAAGGUGUAUCUCACUCAUAAAGAUUUCAAUCCAGAUACUGUCGUUAAAGUAUCUAAGGUAUGCCGAUCCAUGGUGCUAUGGGUGCAAGCUAUCGACAUGUAUGCCAAAGUAUUCAAAGUCGUGGAGCCAAAGAUAAUCAACUCGAGUUCCUACUCGAAGCGAUCGGCAGUUGCGGAACGAACGCCAGCUUUCUUACCAUACGUGAAAGAAGUAACCGACAGAAUCGAACACCUGCUGCGCCGUAAAUAUUGCGUCAGGACAAUCUUCAGCCCACCCGAUCAGCUGAGACAAUUGUUACGCUCACCUGAGGAUAAGGAUCCGCUGGCUGUGCCCGGAUUGUACAUGAUACCAUGCGACUACCAGGUUAAAAAAACAUAUACCUCGAAGAAGAUGGAUAUCCAAAAAUCAGCAGUGGCUGUGCAAUCUGUGCAUGUUUGCGGUACGUAUGCAGCUCACUUCAUACGAUUUGAUAAGGUCUAG